AUGGCCUUUUCGCCUCAACGCCCGCGAUUGCGGCGCAUCUAUCGACAGACCCUCAUACUCACUCAAAAGAAUCUGCUCCUGUUUUACAAAAGCCCUAUCGCUACUAUUUUCAGAGCCCUGGUCUUUCCGAUUGCUGUAACGCUGCUGUUUUGUUACCUCCAAGAUGUUGGGUCGGAGGGCUCGUCCUAUUCCUCGAAGGUUGGGGGCAUCUCAACUUCGACAUUCCCAGUCAAAGACCUUUCGGACGCUAUUGGAUCAGCACGAGGCAAGAAACUUGUCUUCAUACGCAAUGGAAUCGCACCAGAUAGCACUGACCCAGUCAUCCAAGGGAUUCUUCAGCAGCCGGGGAUGGAGUCCGUGGCAACCGAUACUGGUGACCACCCGGACGACCUCUUCGAUCUUUGCAAGCAAUCGACCAAAGGCCAUAGUGAUUGUUUUGCAGCUGUGGUUUUCCAGGCUUCGAAUGAGACAACCGUCGAGUACUCCAUCGUGAUUGAUGGCCCCUUGGCUGAUCUGACUGAUGAGGGCGAUUAUCGUACAGAGGACUCGACGAUGGCCAACUACAUUCUCCCUCUCCAGUGGGCAAUCAAUUCCCACAUUGGCGGCUUCUCUACGAGUCCUCGUCCAUCAAUACAACCAUAUACCUGGCCCUUUGCAAGGACCCAUACCUAUGUUGCACCUCCCUCGCGCGUUGGGAAAAUUUGGCUCUCAAUUAUUGGGGUUUUCGUUGCGCCGGUCUUCAUCCUAAUCCCUAUCGGCGUGGUAUAUCAUCUCGCGGUCUUUGUAGCAACUGAGAGAGAAACAUCUAUGGCUGAACUAAUGGCCGCUCAAAAAGUCUCCAUCACACCUAGGAUCUUGUCAACCUUUAUAUCCUUCUUUGCACUCUACUUCCCUGGUCUCUUGAUAUCCUCGAUUCUUCUGACGCAGAUACUGUUCACGAGAACGCCUGAUAUUUUGUUGCUCUUCCUUGUGCUCCUAGGUGGUGCUUCACUUAUCACCUCCGCGCACUUUUUAGCCUCGUUCUUCUCCAAAGCUCAACUUGCAGGCCUCUAUACCUCGACUUUGGUGUUUGCCCUGUCCCUCGUUACGUUAGCUUCUUCGUUGACUUCUAAAGAUAUCAAAACGCAAAAUACUGCCUUAUCUGCUAUCUUUCCACCGAUGACAUGGGCAUUUCUAAUAGGCGACGUUGCUACAAAAGAGUACAACUUGGCGCCGUUUUCUCUCACAAAUAGCACCAUCCAAGCAGAGUCAAUGUUUAGUGGUCCUAGCGAGGACGUGGACAUGAGCGGGUAUCUUUAUGUCGUCUUCUUUAUCCUUCAAAUAAUCGUAUUCUCACUAGCAACUUACGCCGUCGAACACCAGCUUUGGGGAGUAUCGAGGAAGUUCGGCACUAUCGACGCUUCCAGCGAUGUUGCAGUGCGUUGUACAAGCCUUUCCAAGACAUAUUACGGGAAAAGACGUUGGUACUGGCCAUUUUCGAGGAAAGGUGCACCCACGUUGGCUGUGUCCAACCUAAAUCUUGAAGUCAAAAAAGGCUCGGUCACAUUCUUGCUUGGACCCAACGGCGGAGGAAAAACUACCACCCUUAAAUGCGUCGCUGGGAUGGCGUCCAUGGAUUCGGGUUCUCAGCUGGAACUUAAUGAGGCCGGGCUUGUCUUUGGCAUCUGCCCUCAGCACAAUGUAUUCUGGCAAAAUCUCACAGUUGAAGAACAUAUUAAGAUAUGGAGAAAACUCAAGACUGCCGCAUUCGAUAAUACUGCCGUCGAUGACGAUGAUGAUGUACUAGCGGAAUGCGAUCUGCUCGAAAAGGCGAAGGCUCCUGCACAAACCCUCAGCGGCGGGCAAAUGCGGAAACUACAACUUGCUAUUGCAUUUGUUGGUGAAUCAAAGGUGUGCUGCAUUGAUGAAGCUUCCAGCGGCCUGGAUCCGUUAUCUCGCCGGAAUAUUUGGAAUAUCAUUCAGAAAGGUCACUCUCGCCGCACUAUCCUUGUCACAACGCAUUUCCUGGAUGAGGCUGAUGUCCUAGCUGAUCACAUUGCCAUCGUUUACAAGGGCAAAUUGGUCUGCGAAGGACCAGGAACUUCCUUGAAAUCUCGCUUCGGGGACCAGUAUCUCAUACGAAGCGGCGAUCCUUCCGAUGAAGAUAACUUAAUUUGGCGAACAUCUAACUCUGCCGAGGCAACUCGAAAGGUUCUUGAACUGGAAGCUCUGACAGACGAUAAUACUUUUGACGUCGUCUUUCCUACUCUAGAACAAGUCUUCCUAAAGGUUACUUCCGAUUCAAAUACAGCGAUUCACGAAAACGGAGGCGAUGGCAUUGUCGGAGAAGAACAGACUUCCACUGUCCUCGACGAGAAAAUACUUGCCCUUGAACAAGAGAGGGCAAGAGAUAUGGAUUUAGAAGUCGGGCAUUCGAUUGGGCUUGCCCGGCAGGUUUUUACCCUUUUCCAGAAGCGCUACAUACUCCUCCAACAAAAAGCGGGCUGGAUAAGCUACGGAAUUAAUUUGAUUAUUCCAAUAAUCAUUGCAGCUGCAUUUGCCAAGUUUGUACAUAAAUGGGGUGCGAUGCAAACUUGCCAAACCAACGUCGAAAUAUUCCACAAUGCUGCGAAGGAACAGCUGUCGAUGAACCCAUAUUACAACCGAAUGCCACUGAUGGCGCCACUCUCCGGAGCAACUCUAACGACAUUGCAUAGUUUUGACAAGUACCCAAUAGCUCUCGUGGGACCCCUUUCUGAGUUCUCUGGACCUGGCCAGGACGAACUACUGACGACAACUAUUGGCCGAUACAUCGUCAUGAACAACACCGGCACACUACUUAAUAAGACAGCUCAGGCUAAAGCUGCUCUAGCCGGCCGGGAAUUUGUUGACACAGCUGAAAAGAUGGUGUCCCAAAUCUCAGAUACAUAUGCAAGCUUUGGUAUCUCAGUAGCUAUUUUCGCUCCAGCUCCAGAAAAGGCUAUACUCUUUUAUAGCACAGCGAGAAGCUACCAGACUCUCACAAAAAAUUCGAUAGGUUUUAAUUUAAUCACAAAUCGGAUUGCCAAUGCUACAACCAAAGCUGGCACCGCAAGAGAGGUCGUUACUACGAUUCGGACAAUGCGCCAUCCUCAGAACGAGGUAGACUUUAGAAAUAUGCCGUUGACGACACUUAUCGUGUUGUCGUUUAUCGCAGCAGCCAGCAUUGCUGUGAUCUAUCCUGCCUUCGAGAAAAUCAAUCGAGUCCGAGCUCUUCACUAUUGCAAUGGUGUUCUGCCUGUUGCGCUUUGGCUUGGGUACCUGCUGUUCGAUAUCCAAAUUAUCCUCAUACAAUCCAUCGUUGUCUGGGCCUUGCUCUUUGCCGGAUCUGCGGCAAAAGUGUGGUACGCCUCGAACUACCUCUUCGGAGCAUUCAUUUUGUUCGGCAUUGCAACCUAUCUAGGAACGUAUUUGUUAUCCCUAUAUACCAGAAAGGCAGCAUUCGCUAUCGCCGCGGGAAUUCACAUAUUGCUUUUCGUCCUAUACCUAGUGUCAUAUGUUAUGGUUGAAUCAUUCGGAGAUGAAUUCGUCCUGCACGAAACGUAUUCUCAGCUACAAUACGGCCUGGGCCUGACAUCCCCCGGAGCAAACCUAGCACGAGCCCUCUAUGUCGCAAGUAACAGCUUCGAAAUCCUCUGUGGUAAAUACGCAGAUGCAAGUGGACAUCCUUUCGCCUAUGUCCGGUACGGUAGCGUCUAUGCAAACCUCUUGAUCCAAAUCAUCUUCCUUAUUAUAGUUCUUGCUAUACAUGAGUACGGCAGUGGAGAGUGGAUCCGACGCAAUAUCACACAUCGUGGAAUUCCUGCCCGUCUUCAUUACAUCGUCGAGGCUGGAGCCGCGGAAAAUCAAGCAACAGGUCCUGUGGCCACCGGCGAGAAGAAUGCCACAGCUGCCGCUAAUCAAUCCGAGAUUCUCCAAGUAUCUCAGCUUAGCAAGUUCUUCGGCAAGCUUUUUGCAGUGGAGAAUGUGUCAUUCGAUAUCGGCUCUAACGAAACCCUCGCCCUACUUGGCGGUAACGGGGCUGGAAAGACAACUUGUAUCAACAUGAUCCGGGGAGAGUUGACCCCUAAUUUCGGAACCAUUCAUUUGGAAGGCGUAUCGGUAUUGAAAGAACCCUACAAGGCCAGAUUGCGCAUGGGCGUAUGUCCACAAGACGACGCUAUUGACAAUCUUACCGUCAGACAAACUCUCCACUUCUACGCAAAAGUGAAGGGGCUCAAGAAUGCCGCGGAUAACGUGGAUAAAGUACUCGAAGCACUUAAUAUCUCCACAUUUCAAGACAAAUCAGUCAAGGAUUUGAGCGGCGGCACACGGCGAAAAUUAUCUGUCGCGAUCGCUUUACUAGGUAAUCCCCGUGUCCUCCUCCUGGACGAACCAUCCACAGGCCAAGAUGCAGGCGCAAAACGCAUCCUCUGGAAAGCCCUCCAAGACGUGAGCACGAACCGAGCUAUCCUGCUCACAACCCACAGCAUGGAAGAAGCAGAGGCCCUCGCCACCAAAGUCGCCAUCAUGGGGACGAAAAUGUUGGCCACUGGCACCCUUUCUAGUCUACAGGAGACCCAUGGUGGCGCGUAUAGCAUACGUGCUAUCCGUGCAAAACACACUACCGCCACGGAGGUUGAAGAAAUCGUUAAGGGGAAGUUUGAGGGGCGAGUCAGCAAUUAUGUCGAUGGAUAUGGGCAGAUCAGCUUCAAUCUUCCGCAUGAUAAGGCCGCUUUGGGGGCGAUUAUGAAGGUAAUGGAGGGGCUGAAGGGUGAUGUUAUUAGUGAGGGUGAAGAUGGCGUGGGUGGGAGUGCGGGAGGGGAUAGGGUGCAUGUGAAAUAUGUUGAGGAUUAUACCAUUACGGGACCAACGCUUGAGGAGGUGUUUAUGAAUGUUGCGAGGGAGUCGGGGACUGCUUAG